AGCAGAAGAAAGAAUCAUCGUUGCUAGCUACCUGUACCCCUUUAAAUUUGCCCCAGCAAUUUCAGCUCAAUUUUGGAUGGAUGCGCCCAACUUACUUCGCGUCUACUUCAAUUCGCACCGCCAUUCUUCCUCUCAGCAUAGCUAAAGCUAGCUCAGCAUCGUCAUGCUCCAAAUUUAGUCCAAGAUGAAGUCUUUCCAAAAUCCAUUUGUUUUGUCCAAAGAAAUCUUUGCCAAAAUUUUUCUACUAGUAUAAUACUAUCUCCUGCUUCGGUUGCUCUUGCUCGCUUAGUUAAAUAAUACUAAGGACAGUAUUCUACUUGGCCGCCUUCUUCUUCCUCUUCGCCUCUACCUGCUGCAUGCCGCUUUACCCCUUCUCGAUGCGGGGUUGGAUUCCGACGAGAUACUUGAGCCGACGAGAGUUUGAUUCGAAUCGAAGCUCCUAGUCUUCUUUACCAUGUGAAGAAAUCAACUGGUUCAGCAUCAAGAAGCAGCCAUGGCCGCCGUUCGCGUGGUGGCGCCGGCGCCUUCGGUGCUGCUGCUUGUGGCGGCGGCGGUGGUGCUGCUUCACCUGGCUCGCGCCAUUGCCGGCGCGGCGGACGAGGCCGCGGCGCUGCUCGCGUUCAAGGACGCGUCCGUGGCCGCCGACCCGGGCGGCGCGCUCGCGGGCUGGGCCAACUCCACCACCCCCGGCUCGCCGUGCGCGUGGGCCGGCGUCUCGUGCGCCGCCGGCCGCGUCCGGGCGCUCGACCUCAGCGGCAUGUCGCUCUCCGGCCGCCUCCGCCUCGACGCCCUCCUCGCGCUCUCGGCGCUCCGGCGCCUCGACCUCCGCGGCAACGCCUUCCACGGCGACCUCUCGCGCCACGGCUCGCCGCGGCGGGCGGCGCCGUGCGCGCUCGUGGAGGUGGACAUUUCGUCGAACACCUUCAAUGGGACGCUUCCCCGGGCGUUCUUGGCGUCCUGCGGCGGCCUCCAGACCCUCAACCUGUCCAGGAACUCCCUCACCGGUGGCGGCUACCCGUUCCCACCGUCCCUGCGCAGGCUCGACAUGUCGCGGAACCAGUUGUCGGAUGCCGGCUUGCUGAACUACUCCCUGACCGGCUGCCAUGGCAUUCAGUACCUCAACCUCUCGGCCAACCAGUUCACCGGAAGCCUCCCGGGGCUUGCACCUUGCACUGAAGUUUCUGUUCUUGAUUUGUCAUGGAACCUCAUGUCCGGUGUACUACCUCCAAGGUUUGUGGCCAUGGCUCCAGCCAAUUUGACAUACUUGAGCAUUGCCGGUAACAACUUCUCCAUGGACAUCUCAGACUAUGAAUUUGGUGGGUGUGCAAAUCUCACAUUGCUUGAUUGGUCAUACAACAGACUACGUAGCACAGGGUUGCCGCGGAGUCUUGUCGAUUGCCGUCGAUUGGAGGCACUUGACAUGUCUGGGAACAAGCUUCUGUCUGGUCCAAUACCGACGUUCUUGGUUGAAUUGCAAGCACUGAGGCGACUCUCACUAGCGGGCAACCGAUUCACUGGAGAAAUAUCGGAUAAGCUGAGCAUCUUGUGCAAAACGCUGGUUGAGCUAGACUUGUCAAGCAACCAGCUGAUUGGCAGCUUGCCUGCAAGUUUUGGACAAUGUAGGUUUCUUCAGGUGCUUGAUCUUGGCAACAACCAGCUCUCUGGGGACUUCGUCGAAACUGUCAUCACCAACAUUUCUUCUCUUCGUGUGUUGCGGCUGCCGUUCAACAAUAUUACAGGGGCAAAUCCACUGCCUGCACUUGCUUCCAGGUGCCCUCUGCUUGAAGUCAUUGAUCUUGGAUCCAAUGAGUUUGAUGGCGAAAUCAUGCCGGAUCUGUGCUCAUCAUUGCCGUCACUUCGGAAACUUCUCCUGCCAAACAAUUACAUUAAUGGAACAGUGCCAUCAUCACUGAGCAAUUGUGUCAACCUUGAGUCUAUUGACCUUAGCUUCAACCUGCUGGUUGGUCAGAUUCCACCAGAAAUAUUGUUUCUUCUGAAGCUUGUUGAUUUGGUCUUAUGGGCAAACAAUCUCUCCGGUGAGAUACCAGACAAGUUCUGCUUCAAUAGCACGGCAUUGGAGACAUUGGUGAUAAGCUACAACAGCUUCACUGGAAACAUCCCUGAGUCCAUUACCAGGUGUGUGAAUCUCAUUUGGUUAUCACUUGCCGGCAACAACCUGACUGGGAGUAUUCCCUCAGGAUUCGGCAACCUCCAGAAUCUUGCCAUUUUGCAGCUUAACAAGAAUUCACUCUCUGGCAAGGUUCCAGCAGAGCUUGGCAGCUGCAGCAACCUCAUCUGGCUUGACCUCAACAGCAAUGAGUUAACCGGCACAAUACCGCCACAGCUAGCAGCACAGGCGGGGCUCAUCACCGGAGCAAUUGUCUCUGGCAAGCAGUUUGCUUUCCUCCGUAAUGAGGCUGGCAACAUCUGCCCUGGUGCUGGUGUUCUGUUUGAAUUCCUAGACAUUCGGCCAGACCGCCUUGCCAAUUUCCCGGCUGUGCACUUGUGCUCCUCCACAAGGAUAUACACUGGCACAACUGUAUACACUUUCAGAAACAAUGGGAGCAUGAUCUUCCUUGAUCUUUCAUAUAACAGCUUGACCGGUACAAUUCCAGCGAGCUUCGGGAACAUGACAUAUCUUGAGGUCCUUAACUUGGGUCACAAUGAACUUACCGGUGCAAUUCCAGAUGCAUUCACUGGGCUCAAGGGGAUUGGUGCACUUGAUCUCUCACACAACCACCUCACCGGUGUCAUCCCUCCGGGGUUUGGGUGUCUGCAUUUCCUUGCAGAUUUUGAUGUCUCCAACAACAACCUCACUGGUGAAAUCCCAACAUCAGGGCAGCUCAUCACAUUUCCAGCAUCCCGGUAUGAGAACAACUCUGGACUCUGUGGUAUUCCCUUGAAUCCUUGUGUGCAUAAUUCAGGCGCAGGUGGUCUGCCCCAAACUUCUUAUGGGCAUAGGAAUUUUGCUCGACAAAGCGUGUUCCUUGCAGUGACACUCUCAGUGCUCAUACUGUUCUCCUUGCUGAUUAUUCAUUACAAGCUAUGGAAGUUCCACAAAAACAAAACAAAAGAGAUACAAGCUGGUUGCUCUGAGAGCCUCCCAGGAUCCAGCAAAUCAAGCUGGAAGCUUUCAGGUAUCGGUGAGCCAUUGAGCAUCAAUAUGGCCAUAUUUGAGAAUCCAUUGAGGAAGCUCACCUUCUCUGACCUACAUCAGGCCACCAAUGGCUUUUGUGCGGAGACACUCAUUGGGUCAGGAGGGUUUGGUGAGGUUUACAAGGCCAAACUCAAGGAUGGUAACAUUGUGGCUGUCAAGAAGCUGAUGCAUUUCACAGGCCAGGGUGACCGGGAGUUCACCGCAGAGAUGGAGACCAUUGGCAAGAUCAAGCAUCGCAACCUUGUUCCAUUGCUAGGUUACUGCAAGAUUGGUGAUGAGCGGCUCCUUGUUUACGAGUAUAUGAAGAAUGGCAGCUUAGAUUUCGUCCUACAUGACAAGGGUGAGGCUAAUAUGGAUCUCAAUUGGGCAACAAGGAAAAAGAUCGCAAUAGGCUCGGCCAGGGGGCUAGCAUUCCUCCACCACAGCUGUGUUCCACAUAUCAUACACCGGGACAUGAAGUCCAGCAAUGUGUUGCUUGAUGGAAACUUUGAUGCCUAUGUGUCAGACUUUGGGAUGGCGAGACUCAUGAAUGCGCUCGAUUCACAUCUCACUGUGAGCAUGCUUUCAGGAACACCUGGAUAUGUGCCACCUGAGUACUGCCAGGAUUUCCGGUGCACAACCAAGGGCGAUGUGUACAGCUAUGGAGUUGUGCUCUUGGAGCUCCUCACAGGGAAGAAACCGAUUGACCCAACUGAAUUUGGUGACAGUAAUCUUGUUGGCUGGGUGAAGCAGAUGGUGGAGGACAGAUGCAGUGAAAUAUAUGAUCCUACAUUGAUGGCCACGACAUCUAGUGAAUUGGAGCUCUAUCAGUAUCUGAAGAUUGCUUGCCGCUGCUUGGAUGACCAGCCUAACCGCAGGCCUACCAUGAUCCAGGUCAUGACAAUGUUCAAAGAAUUUCAGGUUGACUCGGGCAGCAAUUUCCUCGAUGACUUCUCACUCAAUUCAACAAACAUGGAGGAAUCAUCUGAAAAAUCAGUGUAAAUGCUUCUGGUUCUUGCAGAUUUUGAUUGUUAAUGGAAUGUAAGUAAACUAGUUUAAUCAUUUUAACUUACAGGAAAGAAAAGUAGCCCCUUUUGGUAGGUGAAUUUGCAGUUUUGGUUUCAGUCAAUGUACAUAAUACACAAUAACAGGAAGAGACACAGACACAAUUGUAGGCUUCUUUUGUGUAGAAGAUUGCCUCUUUAGUUGUAGAGCCAAGUAUAUAUAUCUUGGAACUAAGUUCCCAUGCUUGUACAUAUGUUUUCCUACUGAGAAAGAACACAACACAAGCUUUUGUAAGUUGGAAAUUGCUUAUGUUAUGACAUCGUUCUGUGAUUUGCA